AGCAGUUUUAAACAUCGAAAUUACGUUUGACGCAAUUGCGUUUUUAACUAAAAAACAUACUAUUUUAUCAAGCGAAUCACGACUCAAAUGACUGUUAUUGACCAGUGUCUACAGAGAAACCGGCCGAUGUAAGUGAUUAUAUUGUAAAAUCAUUUAUAUCUUGAGACGCAAAUGUCAAAAGGCGGUAAUGGCGAAUUUGAAAGACAAAAGUUCGCAAUGUUUUCCAAUUAAAAACAUUUAUGGCAUCGUUCAGCUAUUUAAACAUCAACUUGAAAGCAAACAAGAGCCAGAUCUAACAUUAUUAUCGCUUGUCAUCGGGGCUGUCGAAAAUGCAUUGACUGGUCGAGUUCAGGAUAAAGAAUCCGGGAAUUUGCAUGACGAACCGAUGCCUUUCCCAAGUAUAGAGUAUGACUUUAUUGAAAAAAUGUACAACAAAUUUCAAGGCAUAAUAAAAGGCUCGAUCGAUACAAAAUCGGCCAAAGGAAAAUAUGCUACUCGAGAUUUAAUUAAGAAAGUAUCAGAUAUUAUAUGGAAUUCUUUAACUCGAGGUUAUUAUAGAGAUAAAGCUCAUAUACAAAGUUUAUACAGUUAUGUUACUACAAAUAAAUUAGAUUCGUUUGGUGUUGCUUAUGCAGUUGUUGCUGCUUGCCAACUACUAGGAUUUAAAGAUGUACAUUUAGCUCUGUCGGAGGACCAUGCUUGGGUGGUUUUUGGGAAAGAUGGCUCUGAAACAAUUGAGGUUACUUGGCAUAGUAAAGGCACAGAAGAUAAACGUGGAAAAGCUGUGCCUACAGAUAUUGAAAAUCAUUCUUGGCUUUAUUUAUCUGGGCAUCCAGUAGUUUGUUCUCGAUACACAGAAAUCGCUGCACUCGUUUCAGCUAUAAAUCCAUCCUUGAAUUUAUCUUGUGAGGUCCAUGAGAUAUCAACUUUACAAAAGAAAUUAUUAUGGCUUUUAUAUGAUUUAGGUCAUCUUGACCGUUAUCCUAUGGCUCUCGGCUGUUUAGGAGAAUUGGAAGAAAUGUUUCCAGAAGCUGGUAGACCCAGUUGCUCUAAAUUAUAUCAGCAAGCAGUAGACAGUGCAAGGACAUUCUAUAACGAUCAUCAUGUUUAUCCUUAUACUUACCAAGGCUCUUAUUACUAUCGCCAAGGAAUGUACAAAGAAGCUUUUUCAAGUUGGGCUAAUGCAGGAAAUGUUAUUCGAUUGUAUAACUACUCCCGUGAUGAUGAGGAGAUUUAUAAAGAAUUUUUGGAAGUUGCUAAUGAACAAAUACCAUGUGUUAUUAAAUCUGAAAGUUCAGGUCAUAAUGCAAGAUCAAUUUUAAAAGAUCCUGAAUGUUUUGCCAAUCUAUUACGGUUCUAUGAUGGAAUAUGUGAAUGGGAAGAAGGUAGCCCCACUCCGAUAUUACACAUUGGUUGGGCUAAACCUUUUGUGAGCACAAUAUCAAAAUUAGAAUCUGAUGUUCGUGCACAAGUCAGUAUAUUAAUUCAAGAAGAUUCAGAACAAGAAGAGAAUAUUAGAAAUACUAUUCAAGAUACAAAAUUAAAUUCUACUGCUCCAAAUGAAGAAAAUACUACCAGAAAAUCUAGUAGAUUGAUUAUUAAAAAUAAAACAGAAGAGAAGAUUAAUAAAACUGAACCAAUGACUGAAAAUAACAAUGUGUCAUCAAAAAAUGUCAUUGAUGCUUUUAAAGAUGAAAAAAUGGAUGAUUCUGGUAAUGAGAUCAAAGAUGAACUUGAAAUGAGUAAACAAGUCUCUGAUGUUAUUGACAUGAAUUUGUACAAAAAUGAUGCUGCUCUUGUACAAGACAUCGGGAAUAUGAUUUCUAAUGAUAUAGAUGUCAAUGCUGAAUGCAGUAUCAUUGAAAAGAUGGAUGAAUGCAUUGGGGCCGAAAUGGAAAAAGUUUUAAAUAGUAGACCAGUGGUUGUGCUCCACAGUCAAAAAAUGAAAGGAUUAAAAGAAUUGUUACAAGCUGAGAAAUUAAAUGGUCAAGCAAUAUCAUUACAAUUGACAGCACAAAGUCAAGUGCAAGUUGGAAGAAAGCAUAGAAAUGACAAUAACACAGAUUCUUCAUGUGCUAACACACGAUCAAAACGUACAAGACGAGAGUAG